AUGACAAGAGUCGCUCCCAUUUCUUCCUCAAAGUACAAAACCAAUGAUAAGGACUCGACCCAUCAAGAGGAAGACCAAGAACAAUUUCUGCUGGACGAAACUAGUCACCAACAACAAAAAAAUGGUUUCUAUCGUUCAGUAAGAUUUUGCCUCAUCCUCAUGCUCAGCACUGUCAUUCUCGUUUCUGUUGCCAUCAUUACCAUUGUAUGGGCUAGCUCAUUUGGAGUGAGUCUCUCCCAAUUGACUGCUCAAAACAGAGACCACGAAUUUACAAAAUUACAGACCCACAUUUUUACAACACUCGAUGAAAUUGUUCAAAUGGCUCAAACUGUCAACCAUUUAAUGAGACGAAACUUUGACAUUAGGAAUUUCGAUUUGGUCUCUGACUGGACCUAUCAAUUAUACAAAUUGGAAUCAGAAUUGAGACCAGAUGUAGCAGUGACCAUGUACAUGGGAGAUAUCGAGAGGAAUAGUGUUGGCAUUUAUGUUGGUGAGGAGACUUUCUUCUUCUCCAUGUGGGAUGGAAUCAAUCCGAGAAACGAAACCUAUCUAUGGAAAUGUAACGACUUUGCCAAGAAUGAAUAUUGUGUGAGAAAUAGUGAGCCAGAUGAGAUUGAUAGGAGAUAUGGAUUGAGUGGAAUUGAGUGGGCAAGUGCACGAGUGGGGAAAACAUCAUUUGUGCCAAGUUAUAUCAGUUAUUCGAUUGUUUUCAUGACCAUUGUGACGAGUGUGCCAAAUGCAACAGAUCCUACACAGUUGGCCUCUUGGUUUAUGUAUGAUUUGAGUGUGGAAUCGUUUUCUACCUAUUUGAAGGAGGCAAUUGUACAUUUGACUGGAUCUGUUGCAUUUGUGUUGGAAACUUCUACUGAAUAUAUUAUUGCAACGAGCUUUCCUGAUAUUCCUGUAUUUGAAAAGAUUAAUCAAUACAAAUAUAAUAGAUACAAAGGUAGUCAAUUUGGAGAACCAACUAUUAAGCAAGUGUCCAAUAGUAUCUAUGACAAAUAUGGCAAGUUGACUAGUAUUCCGUGUAAUGAAAUGGCUUCAUUUCCAUUGGAUUCCAAUUAUGUGAGCUUGGUAAGAGUUUGUACUGCUCAAGACUUGGAUUGGACGCUUAUCUUGGCAGUGCCUCAAUGGUUCUAUCUUGGACAAAUGAUAAUUGCAAUUGUGGUUGCUUUAUUGUUGAGUGUUUUCAUUGUUUCAAUUGGAGGAAUUUCUGGAGCUGUAUUCUCAGUUAGGAUAAUCAAACCAUUCUAUGAUUUGGUGGUCAUGUUUGCUUCAGUUGCGAAUAUGGAUCUGGAUUCUAUUCAUGUUAAGAAUUCAUUCUUUUCUGAAGUUUCUACAAUUCAAACAAGUUUCGUCUUUUUAGUGGAAAGACUCAGACUAUACAGAGCUUUCCUUCCACCUCAUCUCUUACAGGAAUUAGAUAAGAAGGGUGUAGAAAACCUGCCAACCAAUGAAAAACACAAUGAUGACCAACAAUCUUCAAAUGCUGAACUGGCCUCUCGAACCUCCUUCAUGUCCAAAAGUUCAAGACCUUCAAGGCAAGUUUCCAAAACCGAAGAAUCAAUGAUGAGCUUGAAGAAUACUCAAUCUAUUUCAAAAUUCGAUCUUGGAUUGGAAUGUAGAGAUAUUUCAAUACUUGGAUUCAAGUUUCACCUGUGUGAAAACCUAAAUUCGAAUGAAAUCAUUCAAAUUUCGUCUGAAGUUUUCACCCUAUUGGAACAAACAACCAAAACUUCAAAGGGACAAAUCGGCAAUUUUGAAAAUGGAUUCAUUACAAUGUCUUGGAAUUCAGCCUCAGAUUGUCCCUCACACAUUUCGAAAGCCCUCUCAACAGCCGAAACUCUUAUCAAGAAAUCAGAAGAGUUAAAGAAACGAUGGAGCAACAGAACCAUUAUUUUCAGUACCACCAUUGAUAGCCAAAAAUCCAUGACUGGAAAUGUUGGUACCAAAAACUACAAAUCCUUCACAAUAAUGGGACCAAUCAAUGGAAAUAUUCAGUGUAUGGCAGAUUUGGCCUCAAGAUAUGAAGUGUCGAUACUGGUCACCAAACGUGUGAGAGAUGAAAUUGAAAAGCAAUAUCAGAAUCGAUUCAUUGCAAAUGCAGAGCUAGCCACCUUUGAUAAGAAUAAUUUUGUGUUUGGGAUUUCAUAUGAUAAGUUUGGAAAGGAUAAUGUUGCAGUUUAUGAAAUUGGAGAGAGAAAUGAUGUGGCAAUGGAUGAAUGGAUGUACGAAUUGGAAGCAAAGGAAAAGAAAGGAAAAUGGAUUCAGUAUAAUAAGGCCGUUGAUUUGAUUGGUGGAUCUCAGUUCAAGGAGGCUGUUUUUGAAUUGCAAGAUUUCUCAUCGAAAUAUCCUCAAGACAUUCCAGCAAGGGAAUUGAUUGAUUUUUGUAAACAUCAAGUACUAUAG